AUGGUCCAAUACUUCGAUUCAAUCUCAAAAGAACUAGCGGAUUGGGCAAUGGCUCAGCCGCUUUUCUUUGUGGCUUCGGCCCCGACGUAUGGGAAACAUGUUAAUGUUAGUCCGAAGGGGUUGCCAGGGGCGAUGUUUAGAAUUUUGGGGGGGAAGAGGUGCGCUUAUAUCGACGCAACCGGCUCUGGCGUCGAAACCAUAAGUCAUAUUUACGAAAAUGGCCGCAUAACCAUCAUGUUCUGCUCCUUCACUUCUACUCCCCGCAUCAUGCGCUUCUUUUGCACAGGAAAAGUCGUGGAAUGGAAUACCCCUUCGUUCGCAUCGACGUUGUUGGAGUUGGGUAUGGAGAAUGUGGAGGGUGCUAGGGCGGUUAUUUUGUUGGAUGUUUGGAAGGUCCAAACAUCCUGCGGCUACGGCGUCCCCCUCCUCACUCCCCUCCCAACCCAAAUAUCCCAUCAAACAGCCAAUCCGUCUCCCUCCCUAGGUCCCUGGACAGAUAGAAAGACUCUAGGUCAUUGGGCUGGACAAAAAGUCGCGAAAGAUGAAAUGCAGGAUUAUCAAGUGCAGAAUAAUAGUUAUUCGCAUGAUGCGUUGCCGGGGUUGAGGAGUGCAAGGGAACGGAGGUUUGGGGGUUAUGGUUAUGGGGUGGGUUAUGGGGCGGCGGUAAAGGUUUUGGUGAAGGGUGAUGAGGUGUGGAGGUGGUGGAUGAGGGUGGUGAGGGAGGAGUGGAGGGGGGUGGUGCUGGGGGUGGUAUUGGGGUUGUUGGUGGGUGCUGUAGUUGGAGGGACGGAGGGGGUGUUGGGGGAAUUUGUGGUUGGGAGGGUGCUGGAGGUUAGGGAGUUGAUGGGGAAUUUGACGGGUGCGAAGCGUUUGGAGGUAGAGCUUUGA